UUCAAUCGGUCGUUUAGACCAAACAUUCUAAUUGAAAGGUUGCACAUAAGUUAUUUGCAAUGUCAGGCAAUGAUUGUUUGUGAUCCUCAUUGAGUGCCGACACCUCGUACGAGGCAGACGUCGCUUAGAACAAAGUUUAAUACAGAAAAUAUAUAAUAAAUAAUAAUAUUUUUUCAUGUGUUGAGUGUUUGUGAUAGUGUCAUAAAGUGAUUUUGAAAGAUUCGAAAAUGGCGCCAUAUAUUGGUAUCCCCGAGUACUAUGCUGGCAAAACCCUCUUCAUCACGGGAGCCACGGGUUUCAUGGGCAAAGUAUUAGUAGAAAAACUGCUGUAUAGCUGUCCGGAUAUUAAAAAAAUGUUUUUACUCUUGAGACCGAAAAAAGGGCACAGCAGUAAAGAGCGAUUGGACGAUUUGUUAAAUUUUCGGGUUUUUGACCGUCUGAAAGCCGAGCAUCCGAAGCGCUUCGAGAAGCUGCAGGUGGUAGCUGGAGACAUCUUGUCGGAGGACAUGGGCAUCUCCGAUGAAGAUAGACGGCAGCUCCAAGAAGAAACCCAGAUCAUAUUCCACUGCGCAGCUUGUGUUAGAUUCGACAUGUUUCUGCGUGAUGCUGUCAACAUGAACACCUCUGGUACUCUAAAAGUCUUGCAGUUGGCUGAAGGAGUAAAGAAUCUUGAGGCAUUCGUCCACGUUUCCACCAGCUACUGUCGCUGCGAGCUGGACGUAUUGGAUGAGAAGCUGUACCCAUCACCACACCGGCCUCAGCAUGUGAUGCAUGCUGUGGAAUGGAUGGAUGAUGACCUGCUUAGGCAUAUGCAGCCAAAGUUAAUUGACCCCCAACCAAACACGUAUGCCUACACUAAGUCAUUAACGGAAGAUUUAGUUUCACAAUACGCGGGAAAAUUCCCAAUUGUGAUCGCACGGCCAUCUAUCGUAAUUGCUGCUUAUAAAGAGCCGAUGCCCGGUUGGGUAGAUAACCUCAACGGUCCAACUGGACUAUUAGUAGGGGCUGGUAAAGGUGUGAUUCGUACGAUGCAUUGUAACGAAAACUUCAUGGCUGAUGUGGUGCCAGUAGACAUGGUUGUUAACGGAUGCAUCAUCCUCGCCUACCUGACUGCGAUUGAGAAAUCUAAAGAGAUCGGCAUUUGCAACAUAACGCAGUCCGGAAUCAACGCUAUCACUUGGGGAAAAGCUUUGGAAAUCGGUCGCGUCCAAGUCAAGGAGUUCCCCUUCACCGUGGCUCUGUGGUAUCCUGGUGGCUCGGCCAAGUCUUCAUGGAUCAUGCAUCAGCUUGCUUUGUUCUUCACUCAUAUGCUGCCAGCUUACUUCAUUGAUUUAUUGCUGUUUUUGAUGGGGAAGAAGACAUUCAUGAUCAAAAUACAGAAACGUAUUAACUACGGAUUGAAAGUGCUUCAGUACUACACAACGAAAGAAUGGCAUUUCACGAAUGAUAAUUAUGUGGCGUUAAGGGGCAAAAUAUCUAAGAAAGAUAAUGAAACAUUUUACACAGAUAUAUCGGUUCUUAAUUGGGACAUAUACAUGAGGAAUUACAUCAAGGGAGCUCGUGAAUAUUGCUGUAAAGACGAUCCAGAGACACUCCCACAGGCGAAAAGGCUACAUAACCAAUUAUACGUCCUCGACCGGAUAUUCCAAGUUCUAUUUUACGUUUUACUGUCAUACUUUAUUUACCAUUACUACAAAGUGAUAUUCUCUGUAGCUAACUAUUAGAUCAAUUAAAAAUGUUCAAAGACCUACCACAUUUCAAAGUUUUAUUAUAGAUGU